AUGAAGUCCGGAAUGAAUGGGCAGAGUUUGUUUACCUUCAUAUGGAGUAGAGGAUUUUUGGAACACUUGAUAUUGUUGGCCUGUUGCAAAUCUCGCGAUGGUGCUCCGAGCAGAGGGGAUGUGCGUCAACAUGUGACAUCCUCCUUUUGGAUGCGGUGCGGUUGUGCGCGGGUGUGCCAGCACGGUCUACCGUGCGUCAAGAUGAUGAUGAGGUUCGGGUAG